AGAUGCUCCAAUCUAUGCUGCCCAUAUAUAGGUCUCUAGAGAGCAAAAAGGGAAGUGCAAACAAAAAGCCUCAAAGGGGCAGACAGCCAAAUGACCCACCUCCUCACUGACUCACCUGCAAAAACCACUUGCAAACCACACAAACCGAAAACGCCAGCUCCCCUGCCUCCAUUUUUAGCAACUUUUCCCUUCAAUCUCCCAUCGCAGUCACCCUUCUUGCCCCCACCCCCACGCAGCCGUGCUUCUACCGCCGUCCCCCUCCUCGACCCUUGGCUGGCGCCGCCGUUGGACGCUCAUGGAGAAGAGUCCCGGCGCGGCGCCGACGACAUCAUCGCCCGAGGAGGAGGAGGUGGCGGCGGAGGGCCAUGCGCAUGCUGAGGAUGUGACGGAUCAGGAGGAGGAGCGCACGCCGGUGGUGCUCAAGAAGGGGCCGUGGACGGCAGCGGAGGACGCCAUGCUCAUGGACCACGUCCGGCACCACGGCGAGGGGAACUGGAACGCAGUGCAGAGGAUGACCGGCCUGCUUCGCUGCGGCAAGAGCUGCCGCCUGCGCUGGACCAACCACCUCCGCCCCAACCUCAAGAAGGGCUCCUUCUCCCCCGACGAGGAGCUCCUCAUCGCCCAGCUCCACGCGCAGCUCGGCAACAAGUGGGCGCGCAUGGCCGCGCAUCUGCCGGGGAGGACGGACAACGAGAUCAAGAACUACUGGAACACGAGGACCAAGCGCCGCCAGCGCGCCGGCCUGCCCGUGUACCCGCCGGAGGUGCAGCUCCACCUCGCCCUCUCCAAGCGCUGCCGCUACGACGACUUCUCGCCGCUGUCGGGGACGACCAAUGUCCAGGCGCUGGGCGCCGCCGCGUCGUCGGCGGGGUACGCCAGCUCCCGCCCCGCGCCGCUCGACCUGGCACGCCAGCUCGCCGUGCCGAACCAGCAGACGGUGCAGUUCCUUUCGCCGGCGCCCUUCUCGGCGCCGUCGUCGCCGUGGGCGAAGCCGUUCGCCCGGAACGCGCAGUACUUCCAGCUCGCGCACUCGUCGCCCGUGUCCCCGUCGACGCCGACCGGGCCGAUGCACCCGGCCACGCCGGACCUGUCCCUCGGCUACGGCGUGCGCAGCGCCGCCGACCAGAGCAGGCUCCCGCCGCUCUCGCCGUCCCCUGGCCCCAGAGUGGAGCUCCCUUCAAACCAAUACGCCCAGCCGACGCCGCCGACCUCGGCCGCCGCCGCCACCUCCACCGGACUUGGAGGCGGUGUAGCGCUGCCGGAUCAUCAGAACGCGGCGAGCCUCGAGAAGAUGCUGCAGGAGCUGCAUGACGUCAUCAAGGUCGAUCCGCCGCCGGCGCUGGUCCCGGCCAACGGCGGCGUCGGCAGCGCUGCCAUGGAGCGGCAUGAUGGCGGAGUCCCAGAGAACAACAGGUUCAGCGGCGUGCAGCACAGGGUUGACAACGACAUGGACACUCUGUUCGGCCUGGUGCACCCGGCGCUCAGCGCGCCGGAGACGGUGCCGCCGGCAGCUGCCUCCAACCACUCCGGCUCGACCUCGCAGCACAGCAGCGACGACCAGAACCCGUCCACCGUCGACCUUCACGUCGCCGGCGGCACCAGCUCGUCGGACCAGGACUGGGGCCUCGACGGCGUCUGCCAGUGGAGCAACAUGUCCAGGAUCUGCUGAUCUCAUGCAAGAAGUGCAGGGAUCGGCGCAGCCAUGUCGAAUCAUCGCUGUCAAGACUCAAGACAUGAAUCUGAUGAUUCUGAGAACUGAUUAAGGGGGCCGGAGACAGAAUGCCCUUUUUUUGAACCUUUCUUGCUGCUGUCAGAUGCCAAGCAUCGUGGACAAAUCUGUUUGUGUUCUGUUCACCGUUCUUGACGACUCUGUUGGUUAGUCACCGACUGUUCAAUCUCAGCUGCGCAAUCCAACCGAAUUUGCGUCAUCGUCUCUAGCA